AUGAGUGGUGGUGAGUUAAAAGGAGCAUUUCGAGGCGAAACACGUCGAAGUUUACGAUCAGGAUUUGGCGUUUAUCAAUAUCCGAAUCCUUUCUUUCAAUACGAAGGAACUUGGCGUGAAGGAAAGAAACACGGAUUCGGUAAACUACUCUUCAGUGAUGGCUCGUAUUAUCAAGGAGAAUUCGUUAAUAAUGAAAUUAUCGGACAAGGCACACGAUACUUUGCCUCAUCUGGUAAUACGUAUACCGGUCAUUUUCACUAUGGUGAAAUGGAUGGACAAGGACGGCUGAGAUUGGGUAACGGUGAUAGUUACGAAGGAAAUUUUAAAUCCAACCAUUUCGAAGGCGAAGGUAGUUACCUUUCACAUGAUAAAGAAUUAUAUAGUGGUACGUGGCAUAAUCAUCGUCGACAUGGACUGGGUGAACAAACAUAUGCAAAUGGAACUCAGUACAUCGGCGAUUGGAUUGCUGAUAAACGACAUGGAUUUGGGAAAUUGCUUAACGGUGUCGAUGAUACACUAAUAUAUGAAGGAAGUUGGAGAAACGAUUUAAUGCACGGCGAAGGAACGUAUAGCAUUGGUGAGUCUUAUACGUAUCAAAAAGCGAUGCUGGUCAAUGGUGUUCCUGUUGGCUGGCCAUUUCGAUUAUGUAUUAACAAGAAUAAAGCAACCACACUUCAACUAAGUGAACAACCAUUAACAAUCAACGUUGAUAUCGUUGAUUCUUCCGACAAUAUGAAUCGAGUUAACGCUGAUUGCGGACGUUUAAUUCGGUUACGUUGUGGUCAACGAACAAAUCAACCGACAAGUGAUAGUUUACCUACACCAUUCGGCUUCCAUGUCGAUUUGGUUCCGAGAAAAAGCAAGUCUUCUUUGCCGAACGAUCCAUCGGCAUUAGAAUCCAUCGAACAGCCAAUCACAACUGAAGAACCUGAAACGAAUAAAGAUUCAAUGUUUACUGCGUGUGAUAGUGGUCGAGCACAGUUUGUGGGCAUUACCAUCGAUACAUUUGCCGUGCGCGAGGCUAAUUCAUCCGAACCAUCAUCCACAACGAAUAGCAAUCGUCAAAAAGACAAAUCAACCUCCUCGUUCGUAUUUAUCAUCGAUGACGUAACACAACCAGUACCAUUUGAUAAAACUCUCGAUUCCGUCUACAUACCUGUACAAUUUUCUCUACCUAAAUUUUCUCAAUAA